GGCAUUGUGACCAGGCUGCCCAGGGCCAGCGACCUGCAGCAUCAGUGGCAGCCUAGGGUCACAGCCAGAGGUGAGGGUCUGCUGGAGCUGGGGCCACCCUCUGAGAGGGACUGGGACAGCUGGCACAGAUCCAGGGGCAUCCACCUCGGCGAGGACCUGACCCUUCCGAUUCCAAGAUGCUCCGGGGCUCCAGGGUGAAUGCUGGGCCUCAGUAGACCCCUCCCCCUCAACGAUGCACGUUCUUGGCGUUUGGUCCCUGGGACUGCCACAGACCUUCCAGCCACUCUGUGAAGGCGGUGGAGAGAGUCAGCUGCCACCAAGUUUCCAGGAAGACCAGCAUCCAUCUACUCGAUCUGCCACCUGCUGAUUCACUCUCCAGAUGCGCACCACAGCCAGUGCUGGGCCAGGAGCUCCACCCAGGUCUCCCGUGUGGGUGGCAGAGACCCGACUGCUUGAGCCAUCACUACGGCUUCCCAGGAUGUCAUGGCACCCCCAGUACCGGAGCUCCAAGUUCCGCCACGUCUUCGGCAAGCCAGCCAGCAAGGAGAACUGCUACGACUCGGUGCCCAUCACCCGCAGUGUCCACGACAACCACUUCUGUGCCGUGAACCCCCACUUCAUCGCCGUCGUGACCGAGUGUGCCGGCGGGGGCGCCUUCCUUGUCAUCCCCCUGCACCAGACGGGAAAGCUGGACCCCCACUACCCGAAGGUGUGCGGGCACAGAGGGAAUGUCCUUGACAUCAAGUGGAACCCCUUCAAUGACUUCGAGAUCGCUUCCUGUUCUGAAGAUGCCACGAUCAAGAUCUGGGCCAUCCCCAAACAGCUGCUGUCCAAGAACCUCACGGCCUACAGGAAGGAGCUGAUGGGCCACGCGCGCAGGGUGGGCCUGGUGGAGUGGCACCCCACGGCCGCCAACAUCCUCUUCAGCUCCGGCUACGACUACAAGGUGAUGGUCUGGAACCUGGACACGAAGGAGGCAGUACUCAGGAACCCCGUGCAGACGAUCACUUGCCACCAGGACGUCAUCCUCUCCAUGUCCUUCAACACCAACGGCAGCCUGCUGGCCACCGCCUGCAAAGACCGAAAGAUUCGGGUGCUCGACCCCCGAGUGGGGACCGUCCUCCAGGCGACCAACUACAAGGGGCACCGAGCCAACAAGGUGCUAUUCCUGGGCAACCUGAAGAAGCUGCUGUCCACAGGCACGUCCCGAUGGAACAACCGGCAGAUGGCCCUGUGGGACCAGGACGACCUCUCUGUGCCUCUCACGGAGGAGGACCUGGACGGCUCCUCGGGAGUGCUGUUCCCCUUCUACGAUGCCGACACCAACAUGCUCUACGUGGUGGGGAAGGGAGACGGGAACAUCCGCUACUAUGAGGUGAGCGCCGAGAAGCCUCACCUGAGCUACCUGACUGAGUACCGCUCCUAUAACCCGCAGAAGGGGAUCGGUGUCAUGCCAAAGAGAGGUCUCGACGUGUCCGCCUGCGAGAUCUUCCGCUUCUACAAGCUGAUCACAACCAAGAGCCUCAUUGAGCCCGUGUCCAUGAUUGUGCCUCGGCGGUCAGAGUCCUACCAAGAGGACAUCUACCCACCGACGGCAGGGGCCCAGCCCUCGCUGACGGCCCAGGAGUGGCUCAGCGGGAUGGACAAAGGGCCAGUCCUGGUGUCCCUUAGGCCUGGUUCCCAGGUUCUGAGUCCCCGGCCGCUGCCUCCAGAGAGAUCCCUGUCCAACUCUAUGGGCCUGGCCCUGGACCAGCCAGACAAGCCGACCGCAGAGGAUGGCCGGAGGUCCUUCUCCCUAUGGGAGGAGAAGGGGCCCCGGUGGGCAGCAGAACACAGGCUGGAGGAGAAGAAAUCCUGGCUGACGAAUGGCUUUGACAUUUUCGAAUGCCCCCCACCAAAGACAGAGAACGAGCUGUUGCAGAUGUUCUACCGGCAACAGGAGGAGAUCCGGAGGCUGAGGGAGCUGGUGACCCAGCGAGAGGUCCAAGCCAAGCAGCUGGAGCUGGAGAUCAAGAACUUGCGGAUGAGCUCCGAGCAGUGAGCGAAGGAGACCUCCGUCCUCCUCGCCCUCAGGGACACCUCUCAGCCCGUGGGGAGGCCCAGAACCACACUGCAAGUCCCCCGAGGACAGCCACUAUUUCUAUAUUUUUUACCAGAAGACAAGACUCUCUCGGUCACUGAAAGAUUGCGGUGGGACCCGGGGCCGUCUUUCUAUUUGCCUUCUCACAGCAAGUUUCUGAAUUGACUUUGUUUUUAGAGGA